AGGUAUAUUCCGUCCCUUGUCUGAUUGGGAGCUCUGAAUCCAUUUCUAUUAUCUCCAGCUCAAUCAGACAGACACUAUGGAGGCCCCUCCAGUCACCAUGAUGCCUGUCACUGGGGGCACCAUCAACAUGAUGGAGUACCUGCUUCAAGGAAGUGUUUUGGAUCACAGCUUGGAAAGCCUCAUCCACCGACUUCGUGGUUUGUGUGACAACAUGGAACCUGAGACUUUCCUUGACCAUGAGAUGGUAUUCCUCCUUAAGGGCCAGCAGGCCAGCCCAUUUGUACUAAGGGCUCGGCGCUCUAUGGAUAGAACAGGGGCACCCUGGCAUCUGCGCUACCUGGGACAGCCAGAGAUGGGAGAUAAGAAUCGCUAUGCCCUGGUGCGAAACUGUGUGGACAUUGCGACAUCUGAGAACCUCAUAGACUUCACGAUGGAAAUGGGCUUCCGCAUGGACCAUGAGUUUGUCGCCAAGGGACACUUGUUUCGUAAGGGCAUCAUGAAGAUUAUGGUGUACAAGAUUUUCCGCAUCCUGGUGGCUGGAAACACAGACAGCACUGAGGCCUUAUCACUCUCCUAUCUUGUAGAACUAAGUGUUGUUGCACCAGCGGGGCAGGACAUGGUCUCUGAUGACAUGAGGAACUUUGCUGAGCAGCUAAAACCCCUGGUUCACUUAGAAAAAAUAGACCCCAAAAGGCUCAUGUGAUUAAGAGAGGCUGUCCA